UUCUCACUACGCUCAUUUUCACAAUCGCGUCGUGAUAUUAUUUUGAAAGCAUUUUGCUUUCGUCCUUUCGUUUUCCUUGUCGCUCCUUUUACGUUGAUCAUGAGAUCACUGAAAUAUUUGGCGGCGCUUUUGCCGCUGCACUCUUUGGGGGUGUUUGCGAACGGACCGGAAGAGGGAGAUGUUAUCGUUGAGGUCACCACGACGAGAACCAUCACCGUCUGCCCUCUGACCGAGUUCUUCACCUGCGAGGCCGAUACCCUCCCGACCAAGCUACCAUGGGAGGAUUGGACGACGACUCCUGGCAGCGCUGCGACCACCACCACCACAACCGCCGGCGGUGAGGGACCUAGCUCGACAAUUGUCACAUCGUCCGGAUCUUGGGGAUCGUCGACCACCUCUGGGACUUGGUCUUGGUCCACCACUGGCGUCCCCACCGCCAGCACGACCUCUGCACCACACUAUGGAAACAGCAGCUCGACAAGCUACACAUCAGGCGUCACGAGCAGCAGCUCCUCGUCCGCCACUCUGACGACCACCACCUCGUCCGCGUGCCAGAAUGGAACAGCGUCCACGGCCACCGGUCUGCCUGAGCCUCGCUGCAACGGUCCAGAUGACAGAAGCCACUGGUGUGUUGGCAAAUCGGUCGACGAUGACACCCACAAGACCUUCUACACCGGCCAGACCAAGAAAUACACUCUGACCAUUACCGAAGAACAACUCGACUACGAUGGCACUCUCAAGCACUCUUUCGCCAUCAACGGUCAAUCUCCAGGUGAGGCCAUUGUGGCCAACUGGGGUGAUAUGGUUGAAGUCACCGUCGUCAACGGCUUGACCACCAAUGCCACCACCAUCCAUUGGCACGGUAUCCGACAGACUGGCACCAAUGACCAGGACGGUGUGCCUGGUGUCUCCGAGUGCGGCAUUGCUCCUGGCGCCGCUCGCGUCUACAAGUGGCAUGCCAGCACGUACGGCACUGGUUGGUACCACUCCCACGCUCUCUCGCAGUACGGUGCCGGUUGCCGAGGCCCCAUCAUCAUCCACGGCCCUGCCACUGCCAACUACGACCUGGACAUGGGUUCUGUCAUGAUCGAUGAAGCUUUCAACCAGACUAUCUUCCAAAUGGCUUACAACAUUGCCCGUGUCCGAGGAGCGCUGCCGCCGGCGACCAACUACCUGCUCAACGGCAAGAACAAAUCUCCAGACGGAACCAAGGGUGAGAGUGCCCAAUGGACCGUCAAGAAGGGCAAGAAGCAUCUCUUCCGUAUCAUCAACAGUUCUGCUCAAUCCUCCUACAUUGUGCACUUUGAUCACCACAAGAUGAAGGUUGUAUCGGCAGACUUUACUCCGAUCGUUCCCUACGAGACUGACGUUCUCCACAUUCAAAGUGGUCAACGUUACAACGUCAUCGUCGAGAUGGACCAGCCCGAAGGAGCUUACUUCCUACGCGCAGUCACCCAGACAGGUUGUGGUAUCCGAAGCUUGAACGACGGUCUCGGCACUUCCAACGGUGUCUUCACCUACGAAGGAUCCUGCGGUGCUCCAAAGGCUGACAACUUCACCAUCACCGCGACCGACUGUCUGGACGAGCCUCUCGGCAAACUCAUCCCUCACGACUCCAAGAACGCCGGUUCCGUGUCCGAGUUCCAGGACUCCGUCAAGCUCCUCCCCGGUGGCAACGCCGGGUCGCAAGACUUUGGCGAGUACGGCCCCGUCGUCCGAUGGUACCUGGGUGGCUUGAAGGACCUCUCCGAGAACAGCGGUGCUCCGGCGGCCAACAAGGCCAUCAACGUGACCUACAGCGAACCCACCCUCAAGACGCUCGCGACGCUGCCCAACCUGGGGUACAACAGCUCCUACUUUGGCAACUCGGCCGUCCUCGACGGCCCCGCCAACGCUUGGGUCUACUUUGUCAUCCAGAACAACUUCCAGACGUCCCACCCGAUGCACUUGCACGGCCACGACUUUUCCGUGCUGGGCCAAGGCAAGGGGGUCUUCACCUCCGACAUGGUGGGCCAACUCAACUUCCAGAACCCCGUCCGGCGUGACACGACGCUGCUCUUCGGCGCGGGCAGCCCCCAGUCGUUCGUGUCCGGCUGGACCGUGAUCGGCUUCGAGACCGACAACCCGGGUGCCUGGAUCAUGCACUGCCACAUCAUCUGGCACGCCGAUGGCGGCAUGGGUCUCCAGUUCCUCGAGAGGCCCGGCGAGAUCGACGCCAAGGGCUACUACGACGGCGACUUCAAGGACGAGUGUGCCUCUUACGGGACCUACGAGGCCUCCGCCCCCCACAGACACCCCUACGAGUCCGGUCUCAAGGCGAGACACCUCCAGAACCACCGGAUGUCCCACAGGAACGUCGUCCGAAAGCAUUGAAACCCCCCAAACCCCCCGGCAAAAAUAUCGGCCAUUGAGUGGGGUCACCCUUCUUUGACCUUGUCAAUACCCUCGGGAGGUGGUCGUCAAUGGUCCGAACCGAAAUGGAACGCCAGCAGUAAGCAGCAAGAAGGAGCUAUUAUGUAUGCAGUAUAAUUUUGUUCUGGUUCCGGUUACAUUCCCGUGAUGCCUGACCCUUGUGUCAAUCAUUCUUUUGUGUAAAUCUAGCUAAUUCCAAUAUACACACGCGGUCCGUCUCUUUAGUUCGUCCCAAAAUUGUCAAGCUUUCUCGAAUGUUAAUUGGUGUCCUCGUAUCCAUACGAGCACGAAUUGAAAAGUGGAAAUUACGAGUAAGGAGUACAAGCCAGAGAAGCAACUGGACCAGAAUGUGAAGAAAUC